AUGGGUCUCCUGACGCAGUUCACUCUGCUCCUGUGGAAGAACUUCACUCUCCGGAAGAGACAAAAGGUGCGGCUGGUCGUUGAAGUUAUAUGGCCUCUGUUUCUCUUCGUCAUACUGGUGUGGGUGCGGUCCACCAAUAAGCCUCUUCAUAAAGGCCAAUGCCACUACCCAAAUAAAGCCAUGCCGUCGGCUGGCGUGCUUCCCUGGCUUCAAGGUAUGAUGUGUAACAUCAACAAUCCCUGUUUGAACUCUCCAACGCCGGGGGAGACGCCAGGCCAAGUCAACAACUUCAACAGCUCCAUAAUUGCCGGGAUGUUGAUAGAGCUGCAAACCCUCCUCGUGAACAGAUCUAUUCUCAGCAAUGCACAGUUGCUGGCAGAUGACCUCGACCAGUGGGAGUCAAUCCUGUCACAGGCUAACCCUGGUGAUGCUCAACCACUGAUCCUAAGGAGUAUUCUCAGAGACAAUGAAACGUUCUCGACUCAUCUGAAAGAGAAUUUAUCGCUGCCAUCAACGGUGGUCCAAAGCCUCAUGAAUGCUGAGAUUAAACUCAAUCCAAUGGUGGGCAUCCCAAGGCCAGGCAACCUGAAGAGCAUCCUGUGUGAAGGGACAGACCUGGACGAGUAUAUCCAAUUUAGCAGCCGAGCUGAAAAAGAGGCUUUUCAAAAUGUCAGCUGCUCCCGCGAUCCACAGCAACUGAAUAAUGCUCAGCAAGUACUCCUGCAAAACCUGGAUGCGAGGAAAGUGCUUUCUGAGGUACCUUCAUCUUUGGAUCCCAAUGUAACAGACACAGUCACACUGGUGGGGAAAACCAUUCAACAUGCAUUACCAGUGAUUGAAGAGAUGGACAGAUUGCAGAACUCCAUGAUCUUUAAGGCUGCUGGUUCUUUGGAUUUCCAAAAGAACAUGAUUGGCAGUAUCAAUAUGCUCCUUUGUGGAAAGCAGCCAGACAUCAGUUUACGCUCAACUAGACAGAUGGAUAACGAGACGUCUGUCUUUAUUACAAGCAACAGUUCCGAUGCUUUUUGUCAGACUCUUGUCGACACCCUGGAGGGCACACCUGGUCUGCGCUACAUUUGGAGCACCUUCAAGCAGUUAUUGCAAGGGAAAGUCCUCUACACACCUGAUACACCUGCUGUCCGCCUCAUGGUGAAAGAGGCAAAUAGCACAUUCAAUGCCCUGGCUAUGCUUAAAGAGCUCACCGAUUUGUGGGAUGAACUCGGGCCACGUGUCUGGGAUUUUCUUCAAAACAGCCGCCAAGUCAACGCAUUACGGGCUUUGCUGGCAAAUCCAGUGUUUGCUGCUGUCCUCAACCAGAGUGUCAACAGCACGGGAUGGACCGGCGAGCUGUUGGCCAACUUCCUGUACAACGGGCCUCCAGAGGAUCGUCCACCCGGCAUGCCGCCCUACGACUGGCGAAACGCUUACAACACCACUUCCGAAAUCCUGAAGCUUCUCUCCAGCUUCCUCGGUUGUUUAAACCUGAAUAAGUUUGAGGCAGUGCCCACCGAAAGCCAUCUGGUGAGCAGAGCACAGGAGCUUCUGAAGAACGAUACGUUCUGGGCUGCCGUUGUCUUUGAAAACCUACAGCCCAACUCCAGCCACCCCUCUCCGUACGUCAAAUACAAAAUCCGCAUGGACAUUGAAGAUGCAGAGCGUACCAACAAAGUGAAAGACAGGUUAUGGUCUCCCGGGGCUCGAGACAAUGCCUUUAACGACAUGCGCUAUAUAUGGGGAGGCUUCGCCUACCUGCAGGACAUGAUGGACCACGGUAUUAUAAGAGUACAAACGUCAAAGACUCAACCACUUGGCGUUUUUGCACAGCAAAUGCCAUACCCCUGCUUCGUGGAUGACCCGUUCCUCCGGUUUCUGGCAAGCUCGCUCCCCUUAUACAUGACUUUAGCCUGGAUAUACUCAGUGGCCAUGAUCAUUAAGGGCAUCGUCGCAGAGAAAGAGGCGAGGCUGAAGGAGACCGUGAGGAUCAUGGGCCUCAGAGGUUCCAUCUAUUGGCUGAGCUGGGCAGUGUCCAGUCUGCUGCCGCUGGCCUUCAGUGCUAUCCUCCUUUGCCUUAUACUGAAGUAUGGCAAAGUGCUGCAAUACAGCGACCCCUCGGUAAUCUUUGUCUUCCUGCUGGUGUUCUGCCUGGCCACCAUCACUCAGUGCUUCUUCAUUAGCGUCUUCUUCUCUAAGGCCAAUCUAGCAGCGGCGUGCGGUGGCCUCAUCUACUUUGUCCUCUACCUGCCGCACCUCCUUUGCUACGCCUGGAGGGACGUCAUGGCUUUUCAGGCCAAGGUUGCAGUGAGUUUGUUGUCAUGUGUGGCCUUUGGCUAUGGCUGUGAGAACUUUGCCAAGUUCGAGGAGCAAGGCAUCGGUAUCCACUGGUACAACAUCAACAAGAGUCCGGAAGAUGGAGAACGCUACACCUUCAUCGUGUCCAUCAUCAUGAUGCUCUUUGAUGCUGCCUUUUACUGGGUGCUCACCUGGUACAUUGAGAAUGUCUUUCCAGGCCAAUAUGGAAUCCCGAAGCCGUGGUACUUCCCAUUCACUGCAUCCUACUGGUGUGGGACAGCUUCAGCGAUUGACAUUGACCCCGGCGUGCUGAAGAACUCGACUGAACAUAAUGAGUAUCUGGAGAAUCCAUCACCCAAUAUGAAAGCAGGGGUCUCAGUCCGCAAUCUCGUUAAAAUAUACAAGACCGGAAAGAAGCUCGCUGUGGACGGACUGAGUAUGGACUUCUACGAGAAUCAGAUCACAUCUUUUCUUGGCCACAAUGGAGCCGGAAAAACAACCACAAUGUCAAUUCUGACAGGACUGUUCCCACCUACAUCAGGAACAGCUCUCAUCAACGGAUAUGACAUCCUCACUGACAUGGACAGCAUCCGAAAGUACUUGGGAAUGUGCCCACAGCACAAUGUCUUAUUCAAUGACCUGACAGUGGAGGAGCAUAUCUACUUCUACGCCCGGUUGAAAGGACGCAGCCGCGACGAGGUGACAAUUGAGAUGGACCAGAUAAUUAAGGAUGUCGGUUUACCACAUAAGCGGAAGGAGCUUGCGAAGAACUUGUCAGGUGGGAUGCAGAGGAAGCUGUCCGUGGCUAUAGCAUUUGUCGGCGGCUCAAAAGUCGUCAUCUUAGAUGAACCCACAGCAGGAGUGGACCCCUAUGCCCGAAGGGGUAUCUGGGAACUGCUGUUAAAAUACAAACAAGGUCGCACCAUAAUAUUGUCUACACACCACAUGGAUGAGGCAGACAUCUUAGGGGAUCGCAUUGCCAUCAUCUCGCACGGCAAGAUGCGUUGCUGUGGCUCCUCCCUCUUCCUAAAGAAACGUUUUGGCAGCGGCUACUACCUCACUCUGGUCCGAGAUGGGAAUGAGAAGAUGACAGCUCAGCGUAAUGGUAUCAUACACCAUCAGGCCAAAGAGGAGGAAGACUGUCCUUCGAGGAACAGCAGCCUGGAUGAUGGCAUCGGCAGCCAGAUCUGGGACAACUGUGAUCCCUCAGAUUUGACAGCUCUGGAUCAAAUUGUGCGGCGCCAUGUCCCUGAGGCGGUCUUCUUGGAGAGCAUCGGUCAGGAGAUCACUUACAUACUGCCUUAUGGCGGAGCCAGGGAUGGGACCUUUGCUCUGUUGUUCCAAGGGCUUGACCUGGGCAUGGCUGACCUUGGCCUGACCAGCUACGGGAUCUCUGACACCACGCUGGAGGAGAUAUUUCUUAAAGUGGCAGAAGAUACUGGAGUGGAUGCAGAAAUACCAACAACAAAGGAGCUGUUGGUGAGAGACUGCAGAAGAGGCUCCCACACAACCAAGCGGAACAGCAUCGCCAGCGUCCACAUGAAAACAGAGCCGGUCUCUGGAAGGAGUGACUUAAAGGAAAGGUUCACAAGUAAAGUGGAAGACUUCAAGAAGAACGCCAGUGUCAAUGGGAAGGGAUCCACGGUCAUCACCGGUUGGGAGCUGAUCAGGAGGCAGUUCCUGGCGCUUUUUAUCAAGCGCUUCCACCACGCCAGAAGGAGCCGCAAGGGACUCAUUGCCCAGGUUGUCCUGCCUGCUGUGUUUGUGUGCCUGUCUCUGAUCUUCUCGCUCAUCAUCCCACCAUUCACUGAAUAUCCGAGUCUGGAGCUGCAACCCUGGAUGUAUGAUCUGCCUCAAACCACCUUUUACAGCAAUGAUGGGCCAGAUAAUGUGGAGGUGUCUAAGGUGGUGGAAACCUUGGUUAACAAGCCUGGCUUUGGGAGUCGCUGCAUGAAUGGAGACCCAAUACCGACGUUACCUUGUUCUUCCACUGGCUCAGAUUGGUUCACUCCAUCCGUGGAUCAGUCUGUCACUGACAUCUUUCUCAAUGGGAACUGGAGCAUGUCUAACCCCUCCCCCCCCUGUCAGUGUAGCACGCCCAAACGGACAAUCAUGUUUCCUGACUGUCCACCUGGUGCAGGAGGGCGCCCUCCAUCUCAGAGGAUCCAGAACACAACAGACACAUUGUUGAAUCUAACUGGACGGAACAUGACAGACUUCUUGGUCAAGACUUUUGAACACUCGGGUAAAACAAGGUACGGCGGCAUCUCUGUCGGAGGUGUCAACUCCCAAGUCCGUAUGAGCGAGGCAGCAAUCGAAGCUUCAUUCAGGGAUCUAAAAGACCUAUUCAGUUCCUCUCAGGAUAAUUUGACUGACCAGAUCCUCCAGAAGUCUGCGACGCUGCUGAAGAAGCUGGGAACCAGAGACAACCUAAAGGUGUGGUUCUACAACGAGGCAUGGCACGGCAUGGCGUCCUUCCUCAGUGUGUCAAACAACGCCAUCCUGAGGGGAAAUCUGCCAACAGGACAGGAUCCCAGCCAGUACGGCAUCUCUGUGUCCAAUCACCCCCUCAACCUCACCAAGGAGCAGCUCUCCUUUGUAGCCAUGGCCACAACCUCUACUGACGUGGUGGUGUCCAUCUGCGUUAUCUUUGCCAUGUCCUUCAUCCCUGCCAGCUUUGUCCUCUUCCUCAUCCAAGAGAGGGUGAACAAAGCCAAACAUCUGCAAUUUGUCAGUGGAGUAAACCCAGCUGUCUAUUGGCUGGCCAAUUUUGCAUGGGACAUGUGUAACUACAUCAUCCCAUGCUUGAUUGUGAUCGUGAUCUUCCUCUGCUUCCAACAAAAAGCCUACGUUUCACCUCCUAACCUGCCUGCUUUGAUUCUGCUGCUUAUUUUGUAUGGGUGGGCCAUCACCCCCAUGAUGUACCCCGCCUCCUUCUUCUUCAGCGUGCCCAGCACGGCCUACGUGGUGUUAACCUGCAUCAACCUCUUCAUUGGUAUUAACGGCAGCAUCGCAACCUUUGUUUUGGAGCUCUUUGACGAUGACAAUGUCUCCCGCAUCAAUGACAUUGUGAAAAACGUGCUGCUCAUAUUCCCACAUUUCUGUCUGGGCAGAGGCUUAAUUGACAUGUCCAAGAACCAGGCGAUGGCCACCCUCUUCAGCAGUUUUGGGGAAGACCGUUUCAAGGACCCACUCAGUUGGGACAUGGUGGGAAAGAACCUUUGUGCGAUGUCCAUCCAGGGAGUUGUCAUGUUUACCACCACAAUCCUCAUCCAGUAUAAGUUUUUCUGCAAACCAAGGCUUAUUUCAGGAAAAUCAUUGUCUUCAGAGGAAGAGGAUAUUGAUGUUGCUCGGGAACGCAAGCGCUUGUAUGACGGCAAGGCCCAGAACGACCUUCUGAGGAUCUGUGACCUCACUAAGGUAUACUCUCGGAAGAGCAGCCCUGCUGUGGACGGGCUAUGUGUUGGAGUAGCUGCCGCAGAGUGUUUCGGCUUGCUGGGAAUCAACGGGGCUGGGAAAACCACCACGUUCAAGAUGCUGACAGGAGACAUCCCGGUCUCCAGUGGAGAGGCCUUCCUAAAUGGAUACAGCAUACAAACAGAAAUGAGCGAGGUGCACCAGAACAUGGGCUAUUGUCCCCAGUUUGAUGCUAUUGAUGACCUGCUGACUGGACGAGAGCACCUUGAGUUUUACGCCAGAUUACGAGGGGUACCAGAAAAAGAGGUCACCAUGGUGGCCGAGUGGGGGAUCCAGAAAUUGGGGCUGGUCAAAUAUUCCAGCAAGUCGGCAGGAACCUACAGUGGUGGGAACAAACGCAAACUUUCUACAGCGAUAGCCCUGAUCGGUUGUCCGCAAGUAAUUUUCCUGGAUGAACCAACGACUGGGAUGGAUCCCAAAGCCAGGCGCUUCCUGUGGGACUGCAUCCUCAGCGUCAUCAAAGAGGGACGCUCAGUCAUUCUCACAUCACACAGUAUGGAGGAGUGUGAAGCCCUGUGCACACGCAUGGCCAUCAUGGUCAAUGGACGCUUCAAGUGUCUCGGAAGCAUCCAGCAUCUCAAGAGCAGAUUUGGUGAUGGCUACACGGUGAUUGUGAAGGUUGGUGGCUCUUCUCCUGCAUUGAAGCCAGUAGAGGACUUCGUCCAGCAGUCGUUCCUGGGCAGCGUCCUGAAGGAGACGCAUCACAACACUCUGCAGUAUCAUCUCCCGUACACACAGGGAGCUUUGGCCAACAUCUUCAGCCAGUUCACUCGCCAUCAGCAGAGGCUGGGUGUGGAGGACUAUUCGGUGUCCCAGACCACGCUCGAUCAGGUCUUUGUUAACUUUGCGAGGCACCAGCACGGGGAAGAGAACUCUCAGGCCUAUGACAACGCAGUGGACACUUCAGAUGAGAUGCCAAUGCAGUGCGUGAAGACCUCCCAAGAAGCAGAGAUGGUGUAA